AUGGAGAAACAAGCUCGCCAAGGCUCCUUCUGGGGAUGGGACGCGGUAAGGAGCAAAAGGGGAAUAACUCAAGGUGAGCAAGCUAGGGCUGAGAUCCAGAUUGCGGAGAAGAAGAGGGAGGCGAGAAUGGAGAGCAUCUGGCGUGUACCUGAAUUCAAGCUGCAAACGAGUGCAAAAUUGGCGUAG